AUGGCCGUCUUCGACUAUUUGCCGCUUUCACAGGACCCUUUCUCCAAGGUUGUCGUCGCCGGUACUGUUGUGCUUCUAUUUCUUACUGCCGUCUUCCUUUUCGCAUUUGUCGACGCGCCAAAAUCCGCUCGUCUUCCGGAAACUGCUAUUGCGUACGCAAAGUUCUUCUAUGGCUGCUUUUUGAAGCCUCACAGCGGUGGCAAGGGCCAAAACCAGCAGGAUGCGCUCGAGAGCUUCUACAAGGAACAGGCCACCGCGUACGAUACCACAAGGACUCGUCUGCUCCAUGGCCGAGAAAAUAUGCUUGCAAUGGUCGCCGCCCAGCUGCAGCUGAAGACUCAUUCAACAAAGCCCGUUUGGGUCGAUAUUGGUGGGGGCACAGGAUGGAACAUUGAACAGAUGGGCCAGUAUCUGCCAGUAAACGAGUACUUCCGGGCUGUAUAUCUUGUCGACUUUUCACCAUCGUUGUGUGAAAUUGCAAAGGCACGAUUUACCAGACUUGGCUGGAAGAACGUGAAGGUAAUAUGCCAGGACGCACGCUACUUCCGCCUCGAAGAUCAUGAGUCCGACUCGAACGAAAAGCCAGUCUCUUUAAAGCGAAGGAGCUCCUACAAUAACGGUGUACCAACGUCGGUUGGAGCGGAUGUGAUCACCAUGAGCUACUCUCUCUCUAUGAUACCCGAGUUCUACCCUGUGAUCGACUCCCUUUCCUCGCUGUUGUCCGCCAAUGGGAUCAUUGGCGUUGUUGAUUUCUAUGUUCAAAGCCAGGUUGAUUACAACGGCAGGAACUACACUGGUGGCGUUAUCGACCGUCAUUGCACAUUCUGGUCGCGUACGUUCUGGAGAACCUGGUUUGAAAUUGACCGCGUGAACCUUGAAGGUGCGCGGCGAGACUAUCUUGAGUAUCGAUUCGGCACGAAACUGAGUGUAAACGCUCGCAACCACCUCUUUGGCGUUAGAAUUCCCUACUAUAUCUGGAUUGGCUGCGCUAAGGACAGCCCUGCCAUGGAAGGAAAGCUUCAGAUGUUGGACGCUCAGGCUACUGAAUCCCCCUUCAUUGCCGCCCUUGAUUUGCAAUCUAAGAAAAACGAGCUCACACCCGCAGUCUCCUUCGAAUCCAGAUCAAAGGCAUAUGAAUCAGCCAUUGUAAACCUGUCAGGCAAGCUUCCACUUCCAUGCUUCUGGUAUCAGAAUCACCACUGGCGAAUCUUCUAUGACGAGAAGCUGCCAAAGCACACACAGUUCAAGGACGAGUACAUAUACGCAUUCACCUGGGAGGACAGUCGUGUUGAUGCUCGUCUUCUCAAGGUAAAUCCCAAUGACGUAAUCUUUGCCAUCACAAGCGCAGGUGAUAAUAUCCUUUCCCUGGCGCUGGAGCAACCAAAGCGUAUCCAUGCAGUGGAUCUCAAUCCCAGCCAAAACCACCUUCUUGAACUUAAGGUUGCAGCUUUCACAGCUUUAAGCUACGCGGAUAUCUGGCAGCUUUUCGGCGAGGGCCGCCACCCUGACUUCCGCUCCCUGCUUGUGAAUAAGCUAUCGCCGCAUAUGUCCAGCUAUGCAUUCCAGUACUGGCUGUCGAAUGGCGAAUAUGUUUUUGGCAGGCAAGGCUUGUACUAUACUGGCGGAUCCCGUCACGCCUUGAUUCUCACCAGACGUUUGUUCAAGCUACUCGGCCUUGAAUCAGAAGUGAAGCGCAUGUGCGAUGCUCAGACGCUCAACGAACAGCGUGAGAUUUGGCAGCGCAGCAUCCGGAAGGUCAUCCUUAGCAGGCUUCUCAGCUGGACUGUUGUGAGCAGCGAGAAGUGGCUAUGGAAAGCGCUCGGUGUACCGCCCCAGCAACGUGAUCUUAUCGAGCGCGACUACCAACGCGGUGCGGACGCUGGCAAGGACGUUAGCAAGUACUCCCGUGACUAUGGUCAUGCAAUCUGGGAGUACGUCGUCAAUACGUUGGACCCGGUUGUGAACAACACGCUGCUCCGUGAGGACAAUCAUUAUUACUUAGUCUGUCUGUUGGGCCAGUACUCGCGCCGCAGCCAUCCAGAUUACCUCAAGCCAACGUCUUAUGGCAAGCUGUCCAGUCCAGGCAGUUUUGACGGCCUGAGAAUCCACACGGAUGAGAUUCAAGAGGUCAUUGCACGUAUGACGCCAGGUAGUUUGACAAUUGCCAUUGUUAUGGACAGCAUGGAUUGGUUCGAUGAGGACAAGGACGAUGCUGUGAAGCAAAUCAAAGCACUCAACAGGGCACUUGCACCCAAGGGUCGCGUACUGCUCAGGAGUGCUGGGCUAGAGCCGUGGUAUUUGAGGAAGUUUGAGGAAAACGGAUUUUCGCCGAAGUGCAUGGGCAAGCGGGUUCCAGGGUCGUGCAUUGACCGUGUUAACAUGUACGCUUCAUGCUGGAUCUGUACGAAGGUCAGCGAAGUCGACGGCGUGAACAGCACGCGAAGGGGCCCUUCCCAAAUGGCAGAGUUGAGCCUGGGACUGAGCGCCAUGGACGAAGAGUAG